UAAAGAUAAAGAUAAAAAUCCCAAUACACAAAACUUGAAGAUGCAUGUCGAGAAUGAAAAAGAUGGUCAAUCUGAAGAGACAGCAGAUCUUAAGCUGCCAAUAAUUCAACGUGCCAGACCAGAUAUGGAUGUUCAAGUCGAAAAAUCCUUCUUUUGUCAUCAAGAUUAAGCAAAAGCAACAAACAGGAUCACCGGCAAAUCUUCCAGUUUGUUUCUUCAGAAUGUACUUCGAGAACACGAAGCAGUAUGCAAUUCUACGAGUUGGAAAGAAGCAGUGGCAUGCAACAAUGAUCUAUUAUCCAAAUAGGAAGAAUGCCCUUAUCUCUAAUUGGCGCUUGUUCGUUAAAGAAAAUAACUUAAAAGCCGGAAAUGUUUGCAUCUUUGAGCUCAUUAACAGACAAGAUCCAGAACUUAAGGUUCAUAUUCGUCGAAGCCAUGAUUAGCCAAUGGCUUUGCUUACUUGUGUUGCAGAUCAAUGGAGUAUGUUCAGGGAUCAAGAGUUGUAACAGAGUCGUAGUUUUCAUCAUACUAAAUGGUUGCAUUGCAGUGUUAUUUCCUUAGUACCAUAACUAGAAAUAUAUCAGUGAUCCAUGCAGAAACAAUACAUGUAGAAUUUUAUAUUGUUGGUAGUAUAAGAUGUUAUUUGGACAAAGUACUUAAUCAAAAGU